AUGGUCAGCACCGUGCUAAUGGACACGGCAGAACAAUCAGCGGCGGCGGCUGCGGCUGCAAGAGAGAUCCAGGAGUGCAUCGACCACUUCUACGACGACAACGAGCCCGGCACCAUGGAUCCCACACGGCUGGCCCCCGAGUCCAUCGACCAUGAGAAGAAGCAAAAGGCCGUCCAAGAUGCCCGAGACAUGUACCAGUACAUCGUCCAGAACUGCGAACGGGCCAACUCUCCUGUGCCAGCUUUCGACUUUAUCGAGCUCAUCGGCAAGGGCGCGUCUGGGCGAGUCUACAAAUGCAGAGACCGGAGGACCAACUCCCUGGUGGCCAUCAAGAUCGUCAACACCGAUGAUGUCGACUACACCAACAACACCCUCGACAAAGAUGACACCAUCCGAGACUUCAUCAAAGAAGUCAACACUCUGCAGCAGCUCAAGGAUGCCCGAGCCAAGAACAUCAACAUGAUCCGAGAAGCAUUCGAUCUUCAGACACAGCUGUGGAUCGUCUGCGACUACUGCACUGGAGGUAGCGUUCGCACGCUGAUGCGAGCACAACCUCCUUCCAAACCAGGACUGGAAGAAAAGUUCAUCAUUCCAAUUGCUCGAGAGCUCGCUCUGGCCAUCAAGAACGUUCAUGACAUCGGCGUCAUUCAUCGCGACAUUAAAGCGACCAACGUCUAUGUGACUGAAAGUGGUGAGAUCCAACUUGGUGACUUUGGUAUCGUUGGAGUGCUCGAGGACGAAGGCAAUAAGCGUCGCACUAUCAUCGGGACACCCCACUACAUGCCUCUCGAGAUGCUACCGCCGGACUCCAGCUUCGAAGGAAACCAGGCUCCGCAGGCGUACGGCAGAGAGGUAGAUGUCUGGUCAUAUGGCUGCACCAUCUUCGAGAUUGCCACAGGAGUGCCGCCAAACUCCAGGACUCAUCCCGAAUUGCUGACGACAGUUCUCGAUCGCGCCCCUCGUCUGGAAGGUGGCGACUACCCGCAAGAGCUACGCGACUUCGUUGCGUUCCUUCUUCAAAGCAACCCCGAAGAGCGGCCCACCGCAGACGAGAUCGUCAAGCACCCUUAUGUCGCUGGCACGCAGAAGAAGUAUCCUACUGAAAGCUUGGUCGACCUCAUCACCCGGUUCAAAAGCUGGGAGUAUAGUGGUGGCUAUCGCCAGUCACUGUUCAUGGCUGGUGGUGCUCCACCGGUUCCUGGUAGCAGCGAAAGCCCUGUCACCCAAGGAGAAGAAGACUACGACGACUGGAACUUCAGCACGACCGACACUUUCAACGCAGACUUUGGCAGAAGAUAUAGCAGGAUGAUGGACCUGUCAGAGGACACCCCUGAUCUCAGCCUUGACACUUCGGCGUCAACGAAACUGCCUCCAAUACAGACGGAGAACUUGACACCUUUCGACAAGAUGCAGCAAGAGAUCAGUGCAGGGCGCGGGGAGCGCUCCCUCCAGCGGCUGUGGAAUGCUGACACGAGUGAAUACAAGUUGCAUGAUGCACUUGACGAGCAGGACGACCUUCCGUUGCGAAGAAUGACAGCAGGAGCGCCGACACGCGAGAGCCAGGUCAUCAUCGAUCUUGAUGAAGUUGGCGAUCUUGAUGCAGCUGCUCCUACUCUGAGCUUCGACUUCGGUGACGUUCCCACUGUCAAGGCUGCGAGAGCCAGGAACUCGAGAUAUGAAAGCAUGAAUGAGGAUGAUGAGGAAACCGACUUUGAGCCGAGCUACACAGAUGAAGACCGUGAGAGACGUGCUACAAUGGAGUGGACGUUUCCGACGGCGAAGAGAGCCACCAUGGACUGGACCUUUCCAUCCCACGAGCCAUACGAGCCAGAGAAUCCAGUCGACCUGCAGAUGAGCUUGCCGCCAAUUGGGGACGCCGAUGGAGAAAUGGCACCAGGCUUUCGCCCACAACUCAAGCACACCGCAACCAUGCCCAUAGGCGACUUCAGCGACUUCCAAGACUUCGUGCACUCCCAGCACACCACCCCAGCCUCUGCCUCACCCAUCCGCAACUCCACCGCCUCCAUGAUCGACCUCAACAUGAGCUUCGUCGACGCCUCGGACAUCCCUCCGCGCCCAGGCACCGCCACCUCCACCACCGGCUCGACCAUGACCGACAUGACCUCCGGCAACCCCUUCGACCUCGAAGAAGACCCAGCCCAAAAAGCCGAAGACCAAAAACGCUUCUCCCACCACAAACAAUGGCAAUCCGAAGGCGGCGGCCGUCGCACCUCGCACCGCCAAAGCCGCCGCAGCAUCCCCAUGCACGCCCGCGGCUCCAGCCUCAGCUCCAGCACCGACGACGACGACGCCUACACCUACCAGUACAACCGCUCCCUCUCCGCGCGCAUGGGCCACCAGCUCAACGGCUCCGCCGACUCGAGCACGAUCGACAUGAACGCCUGGCCGUCCUUCGACUCCACGUCCGGUUUCUCUGAAGUCCCCGGGUAUCACGACGAACUGGACGAAACGGCCCUCGCGCCGCGCACGAUCGAUUUCCCGCGUUCGGCUGCGCCAGCGCCGGGGGUGCUGGUGGAAGGGGCGGAUUUGGCGUUGGUGGAGGCGGAGCUUGGGAGGUUGUUGGAGGAUUUGGAGGUGGGGUUGGCGGAUAUAGGGGAGGCGUUGCAGGCGAGGGGGGAGGCGUUGGGGGGUGCGGAGGGGAGUGGGGAUGAGAGUGAGUUUUAG